CUGAAGUUUUUAGGACUGCGAUGAAGGCUUCAGCCAUUGGAAAGGAGUCGCGAUCCUGCUGCCUUCUCUUCUCCUGUGCGAGGAGGGCAGCUCUAGACCGCCGAUCCUAAGGCUCAGGAGAGGAGAGGGUGGGCGGGGGGGCGAAGGCUCGCAGAACCACCUGGCAUCGGCCUCCUUGACUGGCUGCGCUCUCAAGAGAACCACCUCCCCCUUCGCCACCCUCCGAGGGCUUUUGAGAAGUGAUGGUCUCAGCUUCCAAAAUCGUCAGUGAUGCCUCCACUGACGGGAGAACUCUGAUUGUUGAAAUAUUUACAAGUGGAAGAUGCCCAUGAACGAGGAAGGUUGCACUGGAAUCAUUACGAAUUGAGUUGAGUUGCCUUCACUUCUUCAGGUUCUGCGAAAGGGACACAUUUCGUGACAAUGGAGGCCUGACAUUUGGACCUGGGUGUUACCAUUAGAAGUAUGGAACUUAUUGACCGUUGCCAACAUGGUUGCUCUACCCCAGUUCCAAAUGGAUACGGAACCAAGAAUUCAAAGGAAAGAUCCACAAAACAGAUGCAUCCUAAUCCAGGUGCCAUCAGUGACCCUGGCAAAGAGGAUGUGGGCAAGAAUAAGAAGGCCAGAGGCAGUUGGAUUUGGAAUUUUGUUGGCCGCAAGAAAGGAUCCUCCAUGAAUCCCAAACGGCCCCAAUCCAUGAUAUUCCUUGGAGAUCAUGUGGAGAUCAUGGAGCAGAAUCGUAAGAUGUCUUUCAUGGAAAGAAUGAGAUCCUAUAAGAAGCUACGGUCUUCUGGUCUAUCCAGAAAUACAUCCAAAGCAAAGGCUAUCAUUAUCUCUGUGGAAACUCAAGAAGAUCUUGAACAAAAAGCUCUCCAUAGGCUUAGAAAGCUCAGUGACGACCAGCGGCCUUACCGCCACUCCUAUGCUGGCUUCAUUGAGGACUUGGAUUCUUCAUUUGAGGAUAUUGAAUUAAAUAGCUGCGUGUUGGAUAUUGAAUCCAGCGAAAGCAAAUGGCACAGGGGGCUAGAGCUGGGAGUCAGUAGUAGCGAGGCUGAUAAUUAUUGUUACAACAUGUUGGCUCAGAAAAAUGGGGCCCCUGAGUCUGAAAAAACUCCAGAGUCUAGGGGUGCUGAAGGACAUUCUCAAACAAGAGAUGAGAAUAAGAAAGGAAGAAGUUCUGAGGUCUGGGGAUACCUAAAGGGAGUUUCACUGACAGGCAAGGACUGUUCCAAGUUGGAGAACCCCACUGCAGAACCUGGUCUUCAGAGGUUGAGAAAAGCAACGGAGAGCCCUCCUUCUUAUCUUGCUUUCGCUGCAGGAUGCAAAGACAACAUUGGCCCGACUAAAAAGCCUGGCCACGGAGGGAAGGGAAAUCAUUUCGGUGGUGUCCUUAAGUUUUUUAAUAGCGUGGCUGGAGCAGCUAGGAAAUGGCGGGGAUCUUCCAAGACAUUUUCUCAGGAUGAACCACAGCAAAUCUCCAACUGUGCACGGCAAAGGCUGGAGCGAUCUCAUCGAAGGCAGCCUUUGAUCAUUGCGAAUGAUAAUGCUAACAGUUUCUCAUUAACUAGACUGUCACCUGAUUCUGAGAUGUGGGAUCACCCUAAUUCCAAAAUCUCAGCUGGUCAAGUUCCAGUUCAAGGAGAUACCAACGCUGAGAUGUCUCAUGAAAUCUUGAAGGACCACAGCAAUGGAAGUCCUUGUUCACCUCUUAGGAAAAGUGUGCCCUCUUUUCCCCACUCAGAAUGUCCAAGUGAUGGUCCGGUGCUCAAUGGACAGAGCUUAGAUACGGAACUGCUACAGAAGCAGAAGAUUCCUCCUAACAAAUUAAGUGAUGAGGGCCUAGGUUCUGCUCCAGGAGAUCCCUGGAUUUUGCCCCCUUGGUACCAGGAGAAUACCCGAUCCUCUGUUGCCGUUUCAGCAGAUUCCCAGAGCCUGGAUACAGAAGAGUUAAAGUCUCAAGAUCUGAUGAAGGCCGAGAUGGACAUUGCAGGCCUGGAAAAGGAUUCUUCUUUGAAUUGUGAGGAAUGGUGUGAAAGUGAAAUGGAUAUCAAAGCAGUGUGUACUUCUGCCGAGGAUUUUAAUGCCCUCACAAGUGUAGCAGAUACUCCAGAUCUGGAGGAGGGAUUCAUAGACAACCAGAUGUCCAAGGGGGUUCUAGGAGAAGACCAUCACCAUGCCAGGGUACAAGGAGAUAACUUGGGGUGUGGAAGGACUCUGCCAAAUGUUGGUCUUUCAGCAGGUUCCUCUGCAGAAACUAGGAGUUUAGGAAGAAUUUUGGAGGACGUUCGCAAGCCCUGCACACCAUUAGCCUGCUCAUGCCACAGUCAGCAGGUCCUAGAUCAAGAAUGUUCUUCUAUCAGACCAAAUGGCAACACUUUUCUGCUACGACAGCCGUGGAAGUCCCGAGAAUCCGAACGUUUUCAGUGCGGGAAUGUUUAUUACCCUAUUCAGAUGAGCUUAUGUACAAUUGUCUCCUUCAAUGAGUUAAACAAUGGAAAGCCACGAUCUCACCCUCUCUGCCCAUCUCCAGCAUCUCCUCCUCCGUUCAAACUCUUCUUGGACCGAUGUCACUCCCUCCCACUCUCCAAGAGCACCCCAAUGGGAUUGGAUCAGUUGGAAUGGAAACAGAAGUUCUUGAUCAGCCCUGCUGCUGAACAUGAUCUGGGGUCAAAAACACUGGAGGUGCGCCGAGACACUAAGAACGGCCGAAGUAGAUGGAGACCCCUCCAGCCCGGCGCAGAGCAACUGCUACUCAAUAAACUGAUCAGUGGCGGUUCGAUUGUCAGUGCCGAGGCAGUAUGGGAUCACGUCACCAUGGCCAACCGGGAGUUGGCGUUUAAAGCGGGAGACGUUAUCAAGGUGCUCGAUGCCUCCAACAAGGACUGGUGGUGGGGACAGAUCGACGAUGAAGAGGGCUGGUUUCCGGCCAGCUUUGUAAGGCUCUGGGUCAACCAAGAAGAUGGAGUUGAAGAAGGCACGAGCGAAGUACAGAAUGGACACUUGGAUCCAAAUGCUGCUGACUGCCUCUGUCUCGGGAGAACCCUCCAGAACCGAGACCAGAUGAGAGCCAAUGUCAUUAAUGAAAUCAUGAGCACAGAACGCCACUAUAUCAAACAUCUGAAGGACAUUUGUGAGGGUUAUUUAAAGCAGUGUCGGAAGAGAAGAGACAUGUUCAGUGAUGAGCAGCUGAAGAUCAUAUUUGGCAACAUUGAAGACAUCUACAGGUUUCAGAUGGGCUUUGUAAGGGACUUGGAGAAGCAGUACAACAAUGAGGACCCUCAUCUCAGUGAAAUAGGACCGUGUUUUCUAGAGCACCAAGAUGGAUUCUGGAUCUACUCUGAGUACUGUAAUAACCACUUGGAUGCAUGCAUGGAGCUUUCCAAACUAAUGAAGGACGGCAGAUACCAGCACUUCUUCGAAGCUUGCCGUCUCUUGCAGCAGAUGAUUGACAUCGCCAUAGAUGGUUUCCUGUUGACCCCUGUCCAGAAGAUCUGCAAGUACCCUCUGCAGCUUGCAGAACUGCUCAAGUACACUGCACAGGAUCACAGUGACUACCGAUACGUGGCCGCUGCGCUUGCUGUCAUGAGGAAUGUGACCCAGCAGAUCAACGAGCGGAAGAGGAGACUGGAGAACAUAGACAAGAUCGCUCAGUGGCAGGCAUCUGUCCUGGAUUGGGAGGUAGACAACAUUUUGCCAGUCUACUAUCUGCAUCUACAAUAUACUCUAAGGGCUGUUAUGACCCAGUGCGACCUAGAGAUGCAGGCUGGCUUUCCCUGUCUCAAACCCAAAUUCACUGUUCCUCCAGAGGAGAGUCAAAAAUGUCCUUACCUUUUUGCAAAGAACCAUCUGAUGAUCAAAGAGGAAGAAGACCCGCUGCUGGCUUCGUCCGAUCUGAUAAGAAGAGACAUCUUGUACUACAAAGGACGGAUUGAUAUGGACCGCUAUGAAGUUUUGGAUAUUGAAGACGGACGGGACGAUGACUUCAAUGUGAGCAUGAAGAAUGCUUUCAAGCUGCAUAAUAAGGAGACUGAGGAAAUGCAUUUGUUUUUUGCCAAGAAGCUGGAAGAGAAAUUGAGGUGGCUCAGAGCUUUCCGCGAGGAGCGAAAGAUGGUGCAAGAAGAUGAGAAGAUAGGCUUUGAAAUUUCUGAGAACCAGAAACGACAAGCAGCCAUGACUGUAAGAAAAGUCAGUAAACAGAAAGGUGUCGGCUACUCCCGAUCCGUUCCUCCGACAUACCCACCACCCCAGGAGCCACUAAAUCAGGGACAAUACUUGGUAACUGACGGCAUAGCCCAACCGCAGGUCUAUGAGUUCACUGAACCGAAGCGUAGCCAGUCACCCUUCUGGCAAAACUUCAGCAGGUUAACGCCAUUCAAAAAAUAAUAUAUAGAGUGAGGGGGAGAGUUUUAAAAUAAAGUUUAAAAAAAAUUAAAAAAUGAAUAAAAAUAUAUUUAUAGAUGGACCUUUUUUGGAGAAGCACUGUUGAAACUUAACAUUAUAUAUAUAUAUGAAUGAUAUUUCAUAUAUAUAUAGAUAUAUAGAUAUAUGAAUGAAAUUUUGAAGGACCAAAAACAUUUUUGUUAUACUUGUUUUGGGGGAAAAAUAGUAUCUGCUGCAUUAUUUUAGGAAGCACCAAGUGUUUUGAAUCAUGUAACUUUAUUUUGGCAUCCUUGGAAAUGUUGUUAAAAUUUGUUCUUGAAAUUGUUUUGCUACAGAAAUGGUGUUCCAGAAUGAUUCCUAUUUGCCUUGUGCUCUGCCUUUGACAGGUUCCAUCCAGGGCCAGUGAGGUGCAUAUUUGUUUUGAGAUUUCAUUUACAAAAACGGUCUUCUAAAAGCACCUGGGUGCAGGGAGAGGUGUUUAAACCCCUUCCUCUCCUAUAUCCCUUCCUCCUCUCCAAGCACCCUGGAUGGAGCCUGUCAGAGACCCAGGGAGAGAAGGAUCAAAUUCUCACUUGUUCCUCUGGAAAGAGCUUGGCUGGAGCAACUACCUCGCCAGCAAUGAAUGUUCCGGAUUGGCUCGAUUUGGUUGUUUGGAAUGAGCUGCAGUUUGUGCCCCAUAUUCUUUGGUUCUGAUCCAAAGCUCCUUUGUACUGUGCAACUGAUACUUGUGUAGCUUUGAAUGCGGUUGGUAGAAGAACACCAUCUCUGCAGUUCUUCGGCUCUGCAAAUUCUGCGAAAAACCGGGAUUGCAGCUCAGAAGCACCCAGGCAACUGUAUCAGAGUGCGGGUGGGAAGAGAUAUUAUAUGAAUUUUAUUAUGCAAGAAAGUUUGCCUUUGGCUGCUGCUGAUGCAGCCUUUUAAUUGCAAUCACCUCCCCUUCUUCUGUGGGACUCCUCCAUUUCCCAAUCAAGCCAAUUAAGUUAUCCCCAUUUCAGUUACACAUUCUUUGGGGAUUUGAUCCAUUUCUUUCCCCUUUUUUGGUAGAGCUCAUUGCAAAAGCUUAGAUCUUUUCCUGCAUAGUUUCAAAAAAAAUGUAUGGAAGUCCACAUAUGCCAGCUUAAGUGCCAAAUGGAUUCUCAGAAUUCUGGUCCGUUGGCCCAUUUCAGUGCUCCUAAGAUUGUGGCCAACAUCCAAGCACACCACAGGCCAGCAAUAACGAGUUCAUAGUCUGGGGAUCACUGGCUCCAUCAUCUCAAACCUUGUCCUUUCCAGAAAGGCAUGCAGUAUUAUUACGGAAGAAGGUUUAAUGUUAUGCAGCCGAACAAAGCCAACCCCUUUUUUCAAAGGAUGCAUUUCACAAGCAUCCUUUGGAUCACAAAAUGUCAGGAACUGGUAGGCAGAGAAGAUUGAGGGGGUCGAAAUGGGACAACUUGCCACAGCCAACUCCUCAGGCCAAGUCGUUGCAGGACAACUCAACAAUUCAAUUUAAUUAUUUGAAAUAAUUUAAAA